AUGAUACAAGAUCUUAAAACAUAUUUGGAUGUCACAUUCAAGAUAAAAGAUUUAGGCAGUCUGGGAUUCUUUCUGGGAAUUGAAGCACACAGAACUAAGGAAGGAUUGAAUUUGUGUCUACGCAAGUAUGCUUUGGAUAUCCUAAAUGAAGCAGGAUUUCUUGGCUGUAAACCUGCAAGCACCCCCAUGGUUCCAAGCCACAUUUUGAGUAAAUCAAAUGGGACCCCUCUCACUGAUGCCAGCACUUAUAAACGAUUGGUUGGAAGGCUGUUGUACUUAACAGCAACAAGGCCAGACAUUGCCUAUUCAGUUCAGCAAUUAAGCCAAUUUGUGGAUUCUCCAUCAACUCAUCACAUAACAGCAACACACCGUGUCCUGAGGUAUAUCAAGAAAGCCCCUAGGCAAGGGCUGUUUUAUCCUCAGAACAAUGACAUGAAGCUCAAUAUCUUCUCUAAUUCGGAUUGGGCAUCAUGCACAGAGACAAGAAAAUCAAUCACUGGCUUUUAUAUAUUUCUCGGCGCAGCCCUUGUGUCUCGGAGAUCAAAGAAACAGGUAACGGUGUCUCGUUCCUCCUCGGAAGCAGAGUAUAAAGCUCUUGCCUCCACCGUUUGUGAGGCUCAGUGGCUCAUCACUUUACUCAGAGAUUUGCUGCUGACAUUGAGCAAACCGGCAGCAGUCUUUUGUGAUAGCAAGUCAGCCAUUGCUACCACUAAAAACCACGUCUUUCACGAGCGUACCAAGCAUAUAGACAUCGACUGUCACGUAGUCCGGGAGAGAGUCACUCAAGGACUAAUCAAGCUUCUGGCAGUCCCCUCUUCUGCUCGGAUAGCCGAUGGAUUCACAAAGGCCCUUCCCAUUUCCAUGUUCUACUCUUUCAUCUCUAAGCUGGGUAUUCAAGAUCUCCAUACUCCAGCUUACGGGGGGUAA